AACGUUUGGUUUGUUACUAGUUUUCCUUCCGAACACAGUUUCCUAACGGACUAAUGUUAAACCUGGUGCAAAAAACGACCAAACAGUUUUGUUUUCGUUUUCCUUGAACUGUGCAAAGCCAUGGCCGGACUCGAGCUGUUAUAUACAUGCGUAGCGAGUUCUAUAACAUCUCCUCAAGAUGCGGCUGUCUGUUUUAUUCACUGGGAAAUUGUGAAGAGUGGAUAUAAAUGCCUAGGAACCGGAGAUGAGCCCAUUCCUGGAGAGAAGAAGUCAGAGUUGCUUCCUGCAUCUUGGAACACAAACAAGGAGCUUUACACAUUGAGAUACAGAUCAAAUGAUGACAAGUUCAACCUGCUUCUCAAAGCCAUCACAGUUGAUUCCAGCUUGAUUUUCAACUUAAUGGAUUCAGCUACAGACAAAGUCACAGACAUGACAGUAAAUGUUAGUGAUUAUGUAAAUGAAGCAAGCCUACAGUCAUUCGAAGGUGUGUACAAGAACACAGAAGAUCUGGUUAGGAGGAUGAAAUCAUCACUGUUACCUGCAGUGAAAGAAGAGAAAAGUGUGAGAAAAGAAAGGAAAGACAGAUUCAAAGACUCAGAGUCCCAGCCAGAACGUGAUCCCUUGCGGAUACCUUCCAGGGGUCCACCCGCUUCGUAUACCCCAAACUGGACAGACCCACUGAAUCCAUUUGCUGCAGGAAGGGCUGACCUUGAUCCCUUUAGUGGGACAACAGAAGGCAUGAUUAUGGAUCCAUUGCGAGCAGGUUUCCCUCGUUCUGGCUUUGACCCUUCAAGUGGCAUACCUGGAGUCCUUCCUCCAGGUGCUGUACCCCCUGGAGCCCGCUUUGACCCGUUUGGACCAAUUGGCAGACACAGACCUGGGCCAGACCCUGAUCACCUGCCCCCACCUAACUAUGAUGACAUGUUCAUGUAGAUUAUACAUGCUGGUUCUCCCGGAACAACCACACAUCUUGCUACCUUUAGGUUUUGCUAAGUUGAUCCUGCUAUUAAGAUAUUUUCUCCCAAGUUUGCAUUUAAAUUUUUUGUUCAAUAAAAUAGGUGGGUGAGUACCUCAAUUGGAAUGUGAGUUAAUGUAUAAAUGUCAUUGUCCCAAUUAAACUAUAUUGAGACACUA